AGUAACAAGUAACGAACACACUAUUUCGCAUCGGCUAGCCACUGUAUGCUAUACAGGUUCUUCGGUCCGAGUGGUCAAGGGUAAAUUACUUUCCCUUUUCCAGAAGCAGUCAUUCAAGCAACUGAGCAAAUAAUUCUCCUGUCUCCUAGAAAAAAGGUCGGUUUAAAGAAUUCCUUUUGUGGCGACACAUGGUGACAGGACAGAAAUAGCGGAUUGCGCCAUCACGACACAAUACCAUAAUACAAAAAACUGACUCGUGGGACGACAAUUAUAAAAGUGAGGGCAUUUUCCAUCCGCUCGCUUUAUGCUGUGGUGGACCAUGGAUUUCCUGCCUUAUUAUUUCGCGAGCAGGAGAAUAUCAGACCCCUAACAAAUGGUAACGUAGUAUUUGUGAGGCUCAAGUUUCCGCAGUGCACAAUGUUCCAAGUGAAAUUUCCCUAUAUAAAAUCUCAUACUUAAUCUCUUUCACUGUUGAUAUAUGAGACGCAGUUUUCUCAUUCUUUCGACAAGUCAGAGGAUUUGGUAUUAUCCAACAACUCUGCACUUUUAUUUUCUAUUCAACAUUGAUUCAAACUUGAAAAGCAGAGCCUAUAGAUUUCACUCUUGCUAUUUAUAAAUUAUAUAAAGAUCUAAAAAGAAGGAAAGAAGUUGCAUGUUAUGGCAGUCUUGAUUGGAAGCAUCCACCACCAACAUGGAAAUUGCGCUCGUUUGCUUCUUGUGUUGUUGUAUAAAUUUUUAGUUGAACAAAGUCAAAAAGAAAUAAGAAAAUGAGAAAACAGUAUAGCAAAAAGAGUGCCUUUUCCCACUUUGUUUGUUUGCUGAGUUUUUGUUUUACACAACAAACCGUUAAAACACAAGUUGCAUUCGACGCAGUUUGCCCAGACGUCAACGUAGUGCAAAAUUUUGACGCGCAAAAGUAUUCAGGUGUAUGGUUUGAGAUUGAGUCAUACCCUGGGAUGAUUGACGAGUUUGACAUUUGCGUGUCUUUGAACUAUACGAUGCAACCAGACGGCAAUCUUCAGGUUACCAGUUCUUGGUUCAAUAUCAGUUCCAAGGUUCAUGAGAGUAUCCAGGGAAGUGUUCGUCUUAUCAAUCCUAGUUUGGGAGCAAAACUACUGGUUACAUUUCCCACUUCACCUAUCAGUCAGUCAAUGUCAACCGACGGUAACUUUUGGCUCCUUGAAACAGAUUACAUAAAUUACGCUAUUGUUUUUCUGUGCCUUCCGGUCAGAUCAAACAUAAGCUUUCAAUAUCUUUCUUACUUAAGCCGAGAGCGGUUUCCUUUUACAGCUGGUCUGAAUUUCGUUCAUCAGCGUAUGGAGUCGCUGGGACUGGAUCGAACGUUUCUCAAACCAAACAGUCAGAUAAACUGUCCGUUUAACUGAAAAAUGUAAUAAACAAAGGUUGUUUGUUACGAAA